GGCUGAAGAUGUAUGUGCAUUACAUUUUAAGAUUACUUAUAAAGUAUUAGGUGUAAGAUGAGUUUCAGUUCUAUCUACUUAGAUUUCUCUAUCACUUGGUGAUGCACCUAAAGUAAAAGCGGAAUUUGUUCCUUAAGAAUAUGUAAGGGUAACUUCUGAGAAUCCACCAAUUGUAUAACGAAAAUCUCCUUAAGUGCUAAAGCCAUCACCUAAGAUAAGUGUAAAUUUGAUUCUAAAUUUAUAGUGUGGGUUAAUUGUAAAAGUAUUUGUAAAGAUGGCUUUAUUCCAAACAAGUGGACCUCCCAAGACUCUUUUACCUAAGUAAUAACUAAAAUAGAUUGUAUUUGUAGUUGUAAUAAAUGAGUCUGAAGAUUUAAAGUCUCCAGUACCUGAUGAUACAGUGCCUAUAAUGGCAGGAAUAUCAGUAUCAGUGGUAUUAGUAGAAUCAUAAAAGGCUUUUACUAUAUAUUUAGUAUCUAAAUUAGAAAGAAUGAUUACUUGCAAUAGGUUCAUCUAAAUCAAUGCAUUUACCGGAACUUAAUGUUGAAUAAGGAGGACAAGAUGGUACACAUCUAUUCUUGUAAAGUAAUCCAGUUGAACAAGCAUAACAUUUUAAAUCAUAAUCACACCAAGAACAUGUUGGUUAACAUUUCAUUACAUCUACAACUACAUUUCUAAAUCCCCAAUAUUAG